UCAGUCGAUUUUGAUAUUUGUGAAGGAACCAGAAAAGUCCUGAAAAUGUCUAUCCCAUACAGUGGUACUUUCAGGAGAUCGGGGGGUGUAGUUUCAGCGAUAGGAAAGCAAUUACGGGCUGUAAAUCUCAAAGCAGCCAAGAGAAUAACUGUUAAAUUUGAUCCCUUCGGUGAAAACGUAACACACACAAGAAAUUUUCUACAUUACAUCAGCUCUCCUAAGAUAUUACUGACAAACCCAGACUGUGUGUUAAAAACUGAAGUUAUCUGUGAUAGAUCUGAACCAACGGUCGACAUAAACCUCUUGCCAUCCAUAGCUGAAAAAGCAAAUAUAAAAGGUGUAACAUUAAAAAGUGGAAAUUUAACUUGUUUGGAAAUUCUUCAACUGUUGAACAAACACAUCUCAUCUUUAGCACCCCCAGAACAAGUUGUAACCCAAACAAAAUUAGAGAAAAAGAAAGGUAAAAAGAAGUAAUCUACAAUGACCAGAAAAGGAAACCUGCAUGUAGUUGAGGAGCUGUACAACCAAAUUCCAGCAUUUACAGAUGUCUUCUCUGAAGACAGUUUCUACGUUUUUGUGGUCUUUUUUGUCAUGUCCACAAUUUUGGUUGCCUUUAUCCUGUCUAGAUUUAUAACAAUUAAGCCUGUAGAAUAAUAUAGUUAUCAAAGAUUAAAUUUAAUAUGAUCUA